AGUACAGAGCUAGUAGCCAUGACACUCGGACAAGUCUCACUCCUGUUCCUUUGCUUCCAUGUGCUGGCUCCGCUGUUAUGCACAACCUCCAAUGCAGCUCUUCUUCAAGCCUUCAACUGCUCCACGUCAGACAAUUACACCGCUACCAGCGCCUACGCCGCCAAUGUGAAGCAGUUCCUCGCCGCGCUUCCCGAGAACGCCGUCUCCAACAACGGGGGCUUCUAUAAUGGCACCGUCGGGGAGGGCGUUGACACUGUCUAUGGCCUUGCCAUGUGCCCUGCCGACUACUCGCGUGGAGACUGCGGCGAUUGCCUCACGGCUGCUGCCGCUGCCAGCAACGAUGAUGGCCUGCAGAAUCGAUGUCCUGGGAGCAGAACCGUGCUUGCCAUGUUCGACCGGUGCCUCGUCCGCUUCUCCGACAACAACUUCUUCGGUACACCUGAAACAGGUGUAGUGCUGGCUUUGUCCGGUGAGAGGGUCAUGGCGCCGGGUGUGUACAGCCCCACGGUGGAGCAGGCCUUCAAGGACAGCACCGACCGCGCGGUGAUCUCGCCGCAGCGGUUUGCGGCAAGCGCAGGGCACCCCUACGUGUUCGUGCAAUGCACGUGGGACCUAUCGGCGGACAAGUGCAGGCAGUGCCUGCAAGUGCUGUCGGCCAACACGUCGGGCAUGAUUUCCAUCCGAAGGGAAGGUCAGCGGAAGAGUUACAGCUGCGCUCUUCGGUACAGCAACACGAGCUUCAUGGUUGUGCCGUUCACGUUCACCGCUGCUCCACCAGGAUCUAGGACGCAACCUAUCGGUCAAGCGGGCACUUCAGCACUUCAUGGACAUCUUCGAAAGUUCUCUUAUUCGGAACUGGCGAGGGCAACAUCCAACUUCUCGGAACAAGAAGAGCUUGGUGCCGGUGCCUUUGGUACUGUCUAUAGAGGUAAAGUGGAGGGCAUCCAGCAGUCAAAAAAUCAAAACGUGGAGGGCGUCCAGAAGUCAAGAAAGGUAAAAGUGGAGAGCAUCCAUGUGGCUAUAAAAAAGAUUACAAUGACAAUUCCAAAAGAGACAUCAUCACAACAAGUGCCGGUAGACACGACAGAUGUGAGGGUACGCAUAGAACAAGACAAAAAAGAUCUAGAACUAGUGAGGAAAGACUUCUACAAUGAGAUUAAAAUUAUGAGCCCACUUCACCAUCGCAACAUUAUACGCCUUGUGGGGUGGUGCAAGGAAAACAAAAGUCUUUUUCUUGUGUACGAGCUAAUGGAGAGCGGGAACCUCGAGCACUAUCUUUACCCCAAGCAUGGCACCAUGGAUACAGACCUUCAUGGCAUAACGGCUUCGGGCGCUAUUCUGCUUCUAGAUUGGCCAAAAAGGGAUAUCAAACCAAGUAAUGUGUUGCUGGAUAAAAACUUCAACGCCAAACUGUGUGACUUUGGGCUGGUGACGCAGUUCAGCCAUAAUCAUACCUCACGCACAACGAAGAUCGUCCGGGGGACCCCAGUCUACAUUGACCCAACAUACGUGGACAGCCAAAGGGCAUGCCAGCAAAACGAUGUCUACAGCUUAGGCAUACUGUUGCUUGAGGUUGUAUGCUGUGAGAGGCCAGAAAUCACCGACACCGGGCACAACCUCAUUCACAAGGUCUCGACAUGUUACCUAGGUAAUCAAAUUCUGAAUGCAGCUGACACAAGACUCAGAGGUAAUGACAACUUUGAUAGGCAAAUUGAGCGGGUGUUGAAGAUCGGACUCGCGUGUGUCCAGCGAGAAGUCAAGCAGCGCCCACAUAUCAGGAGAGUGCUUGAAUGCUUGACUAACGAGACAGCUCAGUUACCUUUUUUCCCCACUCCAAGUUGUAUCCCUCUCACACUAAGCGAGAGUGAAACAACUGCUGCCUCAAGCUCCCGUAACAGCAAUGCCAUCCCCGCCGCUCCACCUUCACAAUCAGGUACGGCGGCUGGCCAAGACGCUGGUGUGACGCCCCUCCUACCAUAG